AUGGCUGCGCCCACUAUCACGAUAGACCGCAUCUUUGGAGCUGUCCCCGCCACCACCAGGGGCCAGCCCACGCAAAUAUCAGCUGAUUCCAAAGGUCAGCGCCUGGCUUACGCUGCCGGCAAAUCCAUCUUCGUUCGCUCGAUCGACAACCCUGUCGAUUGCAAAGAGUACACAGGCCACACAGCAGCCACCACCGUCGCCCGCUUCGCACCUAAUGGCUUCAAGGUCGCAUCUGGCGAUGCCUCUGGUAUGCUGCAUGUCUGGGAACCCGAGACAAUCGAGAGCACCCGUGGUGAAUAUGGCAUUAUCGCUGGCCGGCUGAACGACAUUGCAUGGGAUGGCGACUCGCAGCGCAUUAUUGCUGUCGGUGACGGCAAGGAACAAUUCGGUCGCUGCAUUACGGCCGACAGCGGAAACUCUGUGGGUGAGAUCAUAGGACACUCCAAGUCGGUCAACGCGGUGGCCAUGAAGGCGCAGCGUCCCUUCAGGGCAGCAACAGUGGGCGAUGAUGGAAACAUGGUCUUCUACCACGGUGCACCCUACAAAUUCCACUCGAAGACUGAGUCGCACAAGAGCUUUGCCUUGAGUGCAGCAUACUCGCCCGACGGCUCGAUCCUGGUGUCGGUUGGGGCGGACAAGCGGAUACAGCUUUACGAUGGCAAGACAGGGGAGCCGACCAAACAGAUCGGCGAGGGGGAACACACAGGCAGCAUUUUUUCUGUGGCCUGGUCGCAGGAUGGGAAGAAAUUCACGACUGCGAGCGCAGAUCGGACUGUCAAACUUUGGGACGCUGAUGCGGGAACGGUCAUCCAGACUUGGACGUUUGGCGAUGCAGUCAGAGACCAACAAGUCGGCGUAGUCAUCCCGCAUGGUCGCACUGAUGGUCUUAUUAUCAGCUUGAAUCUCGAUGGCGAACUGUCAUAUCUAACCGAAGGCAAAGACGCACCGAUCAAGGUCGUACAGGGCCACAACAAAGGCGUUACAGCGCUGGGUGGAGGAUCAGACGGCUCUUUGUGGUCUGGCAGCUUUGACGGUCGCGUCUGCCACUGGGACGUCAAAACUGGAUCAUCUACAACAGUCUAUGGGCAACAGCAUAGCAAUCAAGUCACUCAAUUCGCCAGUGGCGACGGCAAGACAUACAGCGUGGGCUGGGACGACACUCUGCGCACUGUCGACGAAGCAGCCAAGACGUUCUUGGGCGAGUCGACGCCGUUGACCGGUCAACCGAAGGACUCUAGCUCUUCAAAUGGAAAUUUGUACGUGGCAACAGCCACCGGGGUGGCCAUAUACGCGGACGGCAAGCUCGUCAAAGAGCACAGCCUGAAUUACACACCUGGCGCCAUUGCAACAUCAGGAUCAAAUGUGGCUGUUGGUGCUGACAACAACUCGGUCAAGAUCUACCAGACAGACUCAAGCGGCAGCCUCCAGGAGACGAAGACAGUCACCAACCCCACUGGCACCAUCACAGCACUGGCCUUCUCCCGGGCCGGCUCCCACCUUGCGGCUGGUAACAGCGUUGGCAAGAUCUAUGUCUACAAGUCAGACAGCUGGGAUCUGGUCGUAGACCGCUGGUCGGCACACACUUCGCGAGUGACCUGUAUCGACUGGGACACUUCUGGCGCCUACGCAGCGAGCGGCAGCCUGGACACCAAUGUGUUCGUGUGGUGCUUGGAAAAGAAGAACCACGGCAAGCGCAUCAAGGCGCCCAAUACCCACAAAGAUGGCGUAUAUGGCAUCCGCUGGGUCGAUAGCGGCAAGGUGGCCAGUGCAGGAGGCGAUUGCACGGUAAAGGUAUGGAAUGUGCAAAACCUCCCCUGA